CGAGUCCUCCCCUGCAGUGUUUCCCCUGCUACUGCGGGUCGGGCUGCAACUCUCGCCGGGACACGGGCGGACGGUAUGGGUUCUUCUCAGGGUUUCUUCCGCGCCUUGUGGAGAGCGCUGUCAAAAGAAGUGAAGGAGCACGUGGGCACAGACCAGUUCGGGAAUAAAUACUAUUAUAUCCCGGAGUACAAGAACUGGAGAGGACAAACUAUUCGAGAGAAAAGAAUUGUAGAAGCAUCAAAUAAAAAAGAAGUAGACUAUGAAGUAGGGGAUAUUCCAACAGAAUGGGAAGCUUGGAUUAGAAAAACAAGAAAGAUUCCACCUACUUUGGAGGAAAUACUAGAGAAUGAAAAAAAUAGAAACGACAUGAAAAUAAAAAGCAAAGCUUUUUAUGAAAAUGAAAAACUACUUGGCAAGCAGACCCAUGAGGAACUCUUGGCUCCACCAGUUCAAACUCAAGUCAAAGGGCAUGCCUCUGCUCCAUUCUUUGGAAAGGAAGAGCCCUCAGCAGCUCCCACCAGCACUGGUAAAACCUUUCAGCCAGGAUCCUGGAUGCCACAAGACGGCAAGAAACACAAUCAGUAAAUGCAUUAUGGUAAAAUCAUUUCAUUUAUAUGAAUGUAAUUCUUUUAACAAAUAAAAACAGUAAAAGUUA